CAGUAACUUUCAGCUUCUUCUUUCCUCUAUCUUGGAAAAGUUACUGAGAGUGUACAGAGGUGUGUUCAGCAGAGAGAGCACUCGCGGGAGGUUGCCAAUACUUGUGUGGCAGAUAUAGGGAAUUUAGUGAUUAAAAAAAAAACAAAAAAAAAUGCAGUCCCUAGAUGUUUGUAAAAGAACCUCUGGGAAAAUUUGGCAUAGGAAGCCAACACCAUCCACAGACAAUGGGCUGAUGGUGUCAAUCACCAACAGUCAAUCAGGACCGCUAACUCACAGCAGCAGAAAUAUCAGAUUUUUGCACACGUCAUUUGACAACACAGGGGAUUGUUUCAUCGCAGGAGAUCAUCAAGGCAACAUAUUUUUGUUUGACCUUAAUAAAAACAGGUUUGCCCUGACACAGAAAUGUGGUCAUCCCUGUACAGCCUUAGCAUAUAACUUGCGCAGAAAAACAGAGUUCCUAGUGGGUUUGUCAGACUAUUCACUGAAGUGUUUUGACACAGAUACAAAGGAGAUGGUUGCUUGGAUGAAAGGCCAUGAAUCAGCCAUUGGCAGCAUCUCUGUCCACGCCUCUGGCAGGUACGCCUUGACAACCUCAUUUGACACAGCACAGUUGUGGGAUCUAGACACGUUCCAACGCAAGAGAAAACUUAACAUUAAGGAAGAUGUUGGCAUUGUUCAGGUGUUUUUCCUCCCUCUCAGUAAUACAAUUAUCACAGGUUUCAAGGAUGAUACAAUUUUUGCCUGGGAGUCUGACACCCUCAACUGUAAAUACCAGCUUCCAGUUCCUCCAGGAAAAUCACCCCAUUACAAAGCUUACGCCCCUACCAGGGAUGGCAGACUGUUAGCAGCAGGAGGGAGAUCUAGAUUCAUCCACCUGUGGGAUUUAGACACACACAGGUUGCUUCGUAUUAUAGAAUUACCCAUAAAAGUCACCACUGUCAAACAACUUGUAUUUCUUCCUGAUAAUUUUGAUGCAGGAGCUAGUCAGACUCUGGGAGUUUUAAGUCAGGAUGGAAUUAUUCGCUUCAUUAAUAUUCACACCUGUAAGCUCCUGUUUGAUGUGGGAGGGGUAGAGAACAGGAUAAACAAUGCAGCGGUCAGUCCCGGGGGACGGUAUCUGGUAGCCGUCAUGGAAGAUGGAAGCCUACAUGUGUACAACUUGCACACUAUGUCUGAAGAACUCAGCAAGCCGCCGGCUCCCUUGGUUAAAGUAGUCACCAACAACAAGAUGUCAGAAACCAUGUCCACAGAGAGGUCCUCUGUACUGAAGAAAAACAGGUCAAUGUCAGCUCCUGCCAGGGGGAAGGAAAACCGCCUAGAGGAGUGGGAGUCAGAGAAAGACCUUCCAGAGACUUUGAAUACAGAUAGACUGAAGGCUAUACUGAAAGGUUAUGGAGAAUACCCAACCAAAUACCGUAUGUUCAUCUGGAGGUCCAUUUUGCGUUUACCAGAAAACCACACCGCAUAUGCUGCUCUUGUUGACAAAGGCACACAUCCAGCUUACAGCAAAAUUCACGAAGACUACCCUGUGAAAAGCCGCAAAUUAUUACGCAUUUUGCAAAGAAUACUAUCGGCCCUUGCGCACUGGUCACCAAUCUUUGGAGAAACGCAGUAUCUCCCUGUCCUAGCAUUCCCAUUCGUCAAACUCUUCCAGAAUAACCAUCUGGUCUGUUUUGAGAUCUUGACAACCUUUAUGGUGAACUGGGGAGCCCAUUGGUUUGAGUAUUUUCCCAACCCACCCAUCAACAUUUUAGCCAUGAUAGAAAAUGUUCUAGCUCAUCACGACAAGUACCUACUGGAGCACUUUGUUAAAUAUGGAGUCACCUCUCAGAUCUAUGCCUGGCCGUUACUGGAGACCCUGUUCUCUGAGGUGCUGACCAGGGACGAGUGGUUGAUGCUCUUUGACAACGUCUUCACCAACCACCCGUCGUUCCUGCUGAUGGUGGUGGUAGCUUACGCAAUGUCUGCCAGAGGGCCGCUAAUGCAGUGUGUGGAACUGGAUGACUUCAGAUACUUUUACCAUCAUCGUAAUGCGGUAGAUGUGAGGCGUGUGUUGAAGGAGGCCUAUCGACUAAUGGAAGCCACACCAGAGGACAUCCAUCCCCGGGGGUCACUGGAAGAUUUCAAGCCCCUGACUGUGGGACAGUACCCUGUGUUUAACAAGUAUCCCAAGUUCAUUGUGGAUUAUCAAGUCCAGGAGAGGGAGAGGAUCAGACAGGAGGAGCUGGAUUACAUGAGACAGAGACAAGUUUCGCUGGAGAUGCAGAAGGAGACGGCGAGGAAGCAGCAGGAGGAGGAGGCGUGGUACAGACAGCAGCAGCUCCUGCUGGACGCGGAGGAGAAGAGGCGCCGCAUGAUCCAGACCGAGGAACAGAAACUGGUCGACCAGCGAAAGAGGUUGUAUGCAAUGAACAGAGAGGUUAAACUAAAGGAGCUCCAAUUAUUGGAUGCUGCCCGCCGAAAGUUCCUCCACUUCCAGAAACAGCAGAGGGAGGCAGAGCUAAGACGUCUAGAUGACGAAGUACAGCGAAAAGCUUUAAUGAGAGACCAGGAAACAGAGACUGCUUUAGAGGAAGCAGAAAUAAGGAACCUAGAACUUGAGCUUCAGAAGAAAAUGUUCGAACAGGAGCUGUUCAGGGACUUUGCCACGGCUGGCCAGCAGCUUAGAACAGAACAAGACAUGCACAGGAAGCAGGCGGAACUAGAGGAGCGCAUCCAGCAGAGGCUUAGGGAUGCAGAACGAGAACGACAGGUGGAAAUCCGAAAGCAACUACAAGAGAACUUGGCAAAGGCAGCACAACAGAACAUUGAAGCUUGGGCUCAAAAUGAAUUUGAAUACAGGAGGAGAGUGGAGGAUUUAGAGAGGGAGACUAAGGGUGUUCAGCUGGCAAAGACAAGCAGUGAAAAUCGACAGCUUGAGAGGGAGGUCCAUGAUCUGAUGAUGCAGUGUCAGGAAAAAAGGGAAAAAGAUGUGGAGGAUAAACAGGAGGAAUUAGGAGAACAGAAACAUCUAGCUGCCCAAGCAGACAGACGUCGGCUGGAGUUCGUGGAGGAUGAGGCCAGGAUUGCUCAGGAACACGGCAAAUCAAUGACGGAGGAUGCACUGUACGCCAGCAGAAAACAAAGGCUUGGUCAGUCCUAUCUCAACAACACCACUCAGUCUUCAGCGUGGAACACACUUCAGACAUCAACAGACCCCGAGUCAUCUGUGUCCCUAGAGAGAAGCAGUAGAACGUUUGACAAACAGGAACUAGCUCUGCUUAACGAAGUCCGGCGCCUCCGGCAGAAACUGGCUAUUGAAAAUAGGAACAAGAAACCACCUGUUAACUAUGAUUCUACAUAACAAUGUGCUCACCGGGAUGAUACAAAACUAGUUCCUGAAUGCAUUUGAGUUAGAUUUAAAGUAACAGAAUUUGAGAUUGGGUAUCCGUAGUUGCUUAAUCUAUCUGUGAUAUUUGUGUAAUUGAUAUUUUUAUUUGUAUGUACAUGUACUUGUAUAUUUAUUAAAUAGAUAAAAAGAAUGA